AUGAAAAGCAUUCUGAAAAAUAAGAGCACAAAUAUACAAAGAAGUAGCAGUUUGGAUACGAAAUGUCAAGCUAAACAAUCACUUGACAAAAAUGACACUGACGGUGGAGGUGGUGACGGUUGUCUUGCUGACAUUGAUCGUAGUUGUGGUGGUAGAGAACGUAGAGAUCUUGAUAAAUCUGAAAGUUUUACCAAUAAUAAUAAUAAUAAUAAUAGUAACAGCAAUAUUAACAGUCACAAAAAGCGUGCUUUAAUUCGUGAUGAACAUGGUGUUUGUCGACCUGGAGAGUUGGAUGAAGAUGCCAAUAUGGAAGAAAGGCAUGAAUCUCGAUUGUCUGUUGUCGAUCGUACAGCUGCAGAAAGAAUUUCAUAUCGUUUAGUUCAACAGCGUAGUUUAGAUUAUGGUCUUUACAGGAAAUUAAAUAAUUUCAAUAUUGACUCAUCUAACAGCAGUUCAAAUAAUAAUAUUUGUCAUGAGAAACCUUCUGCAAAACUCCACGAAACCACAGCAACGACAACAACCCACGAACCUGUUGCAUCUAAUGAUAUCCCAGAAAGUGCUGGUAGUUUUGAUCCACAAGAAAUAUUACUCUAUGCCAAACUAGAAAAUCAAGAUAUGGCAAUCGAAGAUGA